AAAGACCCAAACUUUCAAACCUUUGAUUUCACUCCAACGCCACCCUCUUUCCUUCUUCUCCUAUAUAACCCAAAAUCCCAGACCACCCUUUUCACUGUUCCAUAACCGCAAGAAAACCCAUCCAAAAUCCUUCAUUUUCCCCCAAAAUCAAAAAACCCUAAAUUUCAAUCCUCCCCCAAAAAGCUUCCUUUUUUUGGGGGGUUUCACUCAGAAUCACUCCUUCUCCAAUACCCAGGUUUCAAUUUCCCCCAAUUUCACAAAACCCGGCCAUGAUAUUCUUCAAGUUCCUCCUUCUCUUUCCUCUUUUAACCCUAGCUUUCUCCCAUGAGGCCCUCAGCCCCCACCACCUGCCUAGACCCUUGAUCAUCGAGUACCCCGAUCACCACGCCGAGCCCAAUUUCAAGGAGCUUGAUGAGGAGGUCAAGCUGCGCUGUACCAGCUGGAGGUUUGCUGUGGAGGCUAACAAUGUGAAUCCGUGGAAGACGAUCCCGGAGGAAUGUGUGGAGUAUGUGAAGGACUACGUCACCGGCCGGGGUUAUAGUGUUGAUUUGGAGAGGGUUUCGAAUGAGGCUGGGAUUUAUGUUAAGAGUGUUGUGUUGGGUGGUGAUGGCAAAGAUGUGUGGAUUUUCGAUGUGGAUGAUACGCUCUUGUCGAAUGUUCCGUAUUAUGCUGAUCAUGGUUAUGGCUCGGAGGUUUUUGAUCAGGUGGAGUUUGAUAAGUGGGUCGACAAGGGAAUGUCACCUGCUAUAAAGUCCAGCUUGAAACUCUAUGAAGAGGUUUUAGGCUUGGGGUUUAAGGUUUUCUUGCUCACUGGGCGCAGCGAAGGGAAAAGAGGGGUUACUGCUGAGAAUCUGAAAAAUGUGGGAUUUCAAGAUUGGCAUAAGCUUAUAUUGAGGGCUGCAGAUGACCAUGGGAAAUCAGCUACAAUUUACAAAUCAGAGAAAAGAAGCGAGAUGGAAAAAGAGGGAUACAGAAUUCUUGGAAACUCUGGAGACCAGUGGAGUGAUUUAUUGGGUAGCUCAAUGUCCAUCCGCUCAUUCAAGCUUCCCAAUCCCAUGUAUUACAUUCCAUAAUAGAAGAUAGUUGUUCCAAUAAUUGCAUUGUACUGAUUGGUUUGUGGUCCUUGGUGUAUAUAGGAAUUCAAGCAGUCAUAUUAUUGUAGUACCUGAGUGAAAACAUGUGAUGAAUAUUUAUUCUACAGGGAAAUAUAAAUGUCAAAAGUCACUGUUGUAUAU